AAGCACUGUCGUGGCGUCGCUCAUAAAGAUGAAUUAACCAGUCUCUGUGCGUAGAUAUUACUACAAGUCCGCGAGAAACUUCUUUUUGUUUUGAUCAAGUUGUGUAGUAAAUAGUACACGCCCAGUUGAGACGAAGAAUCGAAAUUCUAGAAAUCAAAGAAAGUGAUUCAACAUGAACGAAUACAGAAGUGAAAAACGUUUGGCCUAUCUUUACCCUCUUAUCGGUGCGUUAUCUUUUAUCUGUUGCAUUUCAACGGCGGUUGCAUGGCAUCAUUGGAGGUACGUUCUCGAUACCUGCGUGGAAACUAAUUGCGGGUGUAUUUUGAAUGGUAUUUCAACACCAACCUACUUUACGGGUGGACACAUCGCCUAUUGCCAUUGGGCGACCUAUGGACUCGUAUUGCCUAUACUGUUCAGCGCAAUAUUUGGCAUCUUCCAUGUAUUCCGUGUGUUUUGUGGUAGACCCAGAAGAAAUACUUCAACAGCCACUGUCCGCCAGAGAUCUGGUGAAAUCAUCCUAAUGACAACCAAAACCGAUGUUACGGAUGAAACCGAUAUAAGCCCUUAUUAUUGGAUUCCCGUAAGCAUCAUUGGCAGUUUCAUGGCUUUAUUCACACUGGUUCAUGCGGCGAUGUACUUGAAUGGGUUUCUGUAUAGCUGCAAGCAAUAUCGCAACGAACUGAUCAAGUAUAUGCAGGCUAGUGGACCUCUGGUUGCUGCCAUUCAAGGAAGACUUUCGUGCGCGUCAGUGUUUGAUUUUAUGGAUUAUUUACAUCAGGAUGUAUCAUGGGAUCGACGUCGAGAGGGUAGAAUCAAUACGGCAGCUGCAUUGAUAAUUGGACUUAUCUGCUCGUGGACCUGCAUUGCGCUUUGGAUUUGGACUGUUGUAAUAGCUGCUCAACGUGCCAGAGCUAGUCGACGUGUACGAGUAUGAACUGAAUAAGCACAAAAAUUGAAACGUCCAUUUUUUAUUAGUAAUAAGAUGAACAUUCGGGUCGUCCAUUUCCGUUAUCAAUAAGACAAACAUGUUCUUCUGUGUUUCGUUCAGGCAAAACAUUCCCGCAUCUACAUAUUACUAUAGAAUAAUCAAUGGUGCCAUCCGGGAUACAAACAUCGCAUACAUAUUAAGCAAUGAAAUACCGUCACAAAAAUAGAUCAAAUCAUAUCGCAGGCAUCAUUGGAAGCAUUAUAGAGGAAGUGAAACAUUUUUUCAACUAGCACGAUUUUAAUAUACUCAUGAACCUUUGAUGAAACAUUUUAUGUUUCAUUAUUCAUUAUGAUUGCAGUUCCAGCCGUUUGCUCAUACGGAUCUGUAAAGUCUUAAACUUGAACUUCCUCAAUUACCUAAUUUUGUUUCAUUCUUUUAGUAAUCGUAUUCCCUAUUGAUACAAUCAAUAUAACUAAAGCUAAACACCUUGUUAAAAUUUGUUAGUUCGAUGUUAUGCAGCUUAGAACUUUCAAGCAGCUCUUGUUUUGGAAAAUAACUGAUAAAAUGUACUAUAUUUUUACUACUAUUUACUAUUAGAAAUGAAAAUGAACAGCGACAAGAACAAUAUAUCAGACUUUUUUGGAUUAAGCACAUUAUUUCACGAAUGAUCAUUACCCAUAAUGCGAUAUGUGCAAAAUCAUGGAUCAAGAUCAAUUGCAAUCGACAUAAGUAAUGAGUGCCUUUUAGAAUAGACACAAUAUACAUAAUAUAUAAUACGUACAAAAUACAUUGUAUCGAAAAGUUUGUGAGCAUUUUAGCUUAUAUACUUGUAUAUGUAAUCGAAAAAUACAAGGUUUUAUCCUU